AGGUCGCAGUACAGUAUCUUUGACUAUGCAAAUACAAGCUGCAAACCUUGGCAAAUUUCCUGUUUCGAUCGGUUUGGUGGAGACGCAGUUUUCGUCUGCUUUUGUUAUUAUUUAUAUAUUUUCUAAUACACGAAACAUUUCUGAGAUUUAAACAUCAGAAUAAGCUUAGACAAGCCGGGUCGUAUAGACAUGGAUUUAGAAACUAAAAAACCUACUAUUUUGACAUUCCGUGGGUUGCUACUUAUCUGCGUCUGCAUAAAUGUGUCAACAGCGGUAUCAGGUCAUGUGGGGUCUGUGAAGGUCACGGCUCCUUAUGUCUCCUUCAGCUGCCCCGAGGGUGCCAACGUCACUCUGAAAUGCUCCUUUCAUGGCCACCUGGCUGACAUCCAUGACAAAAUGAUGAGGAACUGGUUCUUCAGCGCAGGAAGGAGCCCCCAGUGCAGGGAGAAGGUUCACCUGCACCACGUGAAGAACAAUGGCAGCCACACUGGGGUGUUCCAGUCCUCAGACCACAAGGGCACCUUCUGGGUGACCCUCACCAACCUCACCGCGGCAGACCAGGGCGGCUACUGCUGCUAUGUGUACGAUAUCAACACGGAGCACAACAAACUCCACAUGCUGAGCAGCGAGCUCGCCUACAUAGAGCUCAACAUCACCAAGAACGGCAGCAGCUCCAAUCAGAGGUGCAUCUCCCAUGCUGCCCCUCACACUCCCGAGGACAGCAAUGAAGCCUCGACAGCGCUGGGCUUAGCGACAGCAGGGAGCAUCUUGGGAGUCCUGUCCCUGCCUGUCAUCCUCCUGCUGGUGUACAAGCAGAGGCAGAGCAUUCUGUCUAACAGACGAGCCCAUGAGCUUGUGAGGAUGGACAGUGAGGCCCUGGGUCACGAGAACCCCGUUUUUGACGACGCGCCGCCCCCCAGUGUGAAGACCCGCAGCGCCACUCAGAUAAUGACGAGGCAGUCGUCAGAGACAGGGCGCCACCUACUGUCCGAGCCCGGCACCCCACUCUCCCCGUCGGCACUCGGGGACUGCUUCUUCCCUUCACAAGAACCCAUUCCGGAAUCACCCGAUUUAAUAAAUGUAUAGAAUAAAAAAGAAAAAAAAAGCUGUACAACUGCCACAGAUUCUUGCUGUAUUUUCAAACGAAACAUACAGCUUAUCAACCCCACAUUUGUACCUGUUCUUUCAUUCAUGGUUUUUAAGUUUUAAAGACAGACGUGACCUGUGUGUGGUGCCGUAUGCAAGGCUUUCACAGUUUCAUGCUUACCGGUUCCUGUGUUGUGCAGGAUAAAGCCGCUCCCACAACAUUAUAACAGAAACGGGACCAAACUAUCAAAGCACCCAGUUGCAAGGGGAAACUUGUAUGCAACGCACAGCGCGCUGGUGCGCCUCACCACAGAUAAACAACAAGAACAUGGAUUCAGAUCUACCCGGGGAGGAGACAGUCAUGGAGGAAUCAGACAUCAGGGUGUCAGCACAAGGAUGCCAAACCUCAUAUAAAAUAGUCUUAAAAAAGGGCUACCUGACUCAAAUUUCCAAAACACCAAGUGAGAAAGGACACAGUACAUUAGCAAGAUGUGAGAUGGUUAGAGAUCUGAUAAUCCAAUGUGUUCCUAUGAUGAGGCUGUAAAUACAUACAAAUAUAAAUCACCAAGUGCACAGUGUAUCUUCCAAGCAUUGCAUGAAACCGAGGGUGUCCCUGGUACACCCCUUAUCAAAGUUUCCCAUAGUAAAAGCCUAGCAAAGUGUAAUAAAACAUAAGUAAAGCACAGGCAAGCACUGUAAAACCCAGUAGGUAUGGUAAAGCAUACUAAAAAACUUUUAUAAUGGAUACUGUCUGGUAUGGGACUUGCCUAGUUUUUCACUGGAAAAUGAAGUUACAUUCAUUUUUCGAAUGUGUAUACUUGUUUCUAAUUCAUUUACUGUAUCCACCGUUAGCACCUUUUUGUACAUAGCAUUUCUCUGCUGAUUUCCUGCCCAUAACGUGUGUGUGUGCGUGCGUGCGUGUGUGUUAUAUUUGAAAGGCUUUUCAGCAUAUGUUUAAUUUUCAGUUAAAGAAAUUAAGGCACCAUCCAAAAUGUUUGCGAGCUUGUCUUAGGGUUUUGUUUGAUGAACCCGUACCCCACAGGAAGAAACCUGGCAUUUCAUAGCACUUUGGAGUACCCCCUUGAUUGCAUCACCACCUUGUCACAUUAAACAUGUGGUUGAUGUUGCCUAUCUAAAUCUGUUCUGAGAAUAGGUUGAUCAGACCAGUCCCUUAGUUUGAGUUUUACCUUUUUUGCAUCAAUACUGGGAGCUGAAAAGGGUACAAUUAUUAGUGCAGUUGAAGCAAAGGUAAAUAAUCAAACUUAACCUGUUCAGUCCUGAACAAUUUGUCGAAAUUAAAUUAUACAAUUCAAAAAGGAACUCAAUCGAGUAUACAUGAGAACAGGACAAAAAAAAAAUUGCCGUGCACAACCUCAGUCUGGGACCUAGGUUCCAAUGUGAUUUCCAGCAGCAUAGGUUAAUAAACGCUGCUAAGACAAGGUCCCGACAGAACUGAAAGAAAUGACCAGCGCUGAGAGCGGUUUCUUGUCUCUCCAGUCGUAAGACUGUCCAGAGUUUAACUGUUCUCAGCUCGAGCAGGCCAUGUGGCACAAGUGUCUUCCAUUAUCUCUGUUAUGUCUUUAGCUUUCUGUGCAUCAAUGUGUCAAAUUAUGUAUUGUUUACUGUUUACAUUUUUUUUUUUUUUUGGAAAACUAUACUGUUAAAGAAAAUAAAUCAAGUUAUGUUGUUUUUAAAAUUACCAUGUUUUUAUGCCUGCCUCCAAAAUAAAUAAAUAAUAAGGUGUGUUUCUAAUAAACUGGCCUGGUGGAUAUAGCUCAGGAAAUUGUUCCUAAAAAACUGGCCUAAUCCUGUGCUGUGUUUUUAUUAAAACAGGAGGUGAAAUGAAGCUGAAAAGAUACUGCUCCCCCACGCAACCUCAUUUUUUAUUCCCCUUCUGGUCGACUGACCCAAGUUUGUGUAACAAAAGGCUGGGUGAACCUUACCCUUUUCCAUUUCAGAAGUCGGUGACCUCUCGCAUGGAGAGAAAGCCAGCAGUAAUUAUGAAACAGGAAGUUUGCGAAUAGUGUGUGACGCAACUUCCUCUUUCUCGGAACAUGCACCAUUUUGUGGUUUCCUGUUUUUGUCAGCCCGGCCAUAUAAGGUUUCUAAAUGAUCAACAAAACAGAUUAAGACACCUUUCAUUCAUUACGCUAUCACCCACGAACACCCUCACACCACCACCCCCCCCAAACACGGGUAAGCUGAGCAAGCCCUGGGGCCCCCUGGGGCACCAUUUACAACCAUCAUUUACUUAUUUAAAUGGGAAGUAGCUUAUAAAUGUCUGAGUGGUUCCAGGGUAUUUUGCUCCAAUACUGAACUUGAAUCAUUGAAUUUGAAUAUUUUGUUCAGAAACCUGAACCAACUGGCUUUGCCUGUGCUUGCAGAAUCCCAGUUGCCGUACCUUGUCCAUAGUAACAUAGCAUGAAGUGGGUGGGGCCAGCAGGCGAUUUGAAAGGUCACAGAAUCAUGUGAUUUCUUUGGAAUCAUGAAGUACUUUUCAAAUUCAAUGCAGUUGAAGCAUCAUCCCUGAUCUCUGAUCUACAGUAUCAAUGGGUGUUUAGUGUGCUUUAGGGAAACGUUUUGUUAUAAAGGGAAAUCUGCAAAACUGGACUUAUUUUGUUCCCCCUCCAUUAUGAAGAGAUGUUUUCAAAUCAAUCUGAUAAAAUGAAAAGAUGUCAAAGAAACAAAACCCCUGUAUGUGCGUGGCAAGCUCUUAAUUGUUUUUAAAUAAAAAAACAGCUGUA